AUGAGUGUCAUUUGGAAGCGCCUGCAACGGGUGAAUAAACGAGCCGCCAAGUACCGACUUGUCUUUGAGCUUCAGGAGCUGAUGGUGGAGGGCACAACGCAAUGGCAACCAAACAAGCUUUCCGUCGUACUCACUCGCCGUCGUCGUCGCAUAGCCAGUCAGCCAAUGCACUGGGAUCCGACCAUUCGAAAUCCGUAUCGUGGUCUGGUCGUGUGGUCACUGCCGGAGAUUCUGGACGUCGAUGUGACGCUUUAUCGAGGGCCGCGAAGCACAAAGUACGAGGACAAAGAGUGGACGAUUGCAAUUGAGGACAUCUCGUCCACUGGUCGGCCACGGCGCAUCGCCACAAAGAGCAUCAACAUUAGCGACUUUGUCGACGAGCAGUUUGGCGCCACAUCACGUCACGAGCUUUUCAAACUGACCAUGGGGAUCACCUCGAAAAAAGUUAAAGAGGUCUACGUGACACUGGCCCUUUCUACCACCUUCCUUAAGGAAGGAAAAGCGACCGAUUACGACAUGGAGAGCGUCACCAGUAUGAUGAGCGUCUCGGCGAAUGAUGGCGUGCGCAAUCUGGACGACGAUGAGGCCGAUCAGCUUGACUUUACUGAGCACUCGGCGGAAACGAGUGCGCAGCUGCUGGAGAUUACCAACAAGUUCUCGGAGCUGCUGAACAGCAAAGACGAUGAGGAGGAGGAGAAGGAGGAAAAGGAGAAUGACGUGAAAAGCAAAGCGGAGAAGAGGCUAUUCGGAAAGACAGCCGCCUCCUCCUCCUCUUCAUCUAAUGCUUCGGGUGCACGGCUGAAUGACAGCUACUCAGCCGAUCGUGAUUCCACAGUGCCCGUGAUUACCGCCAAUAGACAAGGCGACAAGAACAGCAGCAGCAUCAGCACUGCUGUCUAUUCCAGUGACGAUCAAGUCGACAACGGCAACAAUCUUAGGCAUUUGUCGCAAUCGUACGCUGCCGUUGCAGCCGCCGCAGCAGCCACCGUUGGUGAUGAGUCUGAUUUGAGGUCGCCGUCGUCAUCGCGUGCACCAGAUACCAUCUUCAGUGAUUUGCAUUCUUCACCUUCAUCCAAAGGGAAAAACUCAGCGGAAGACGACUCACGUUUACCGUCUCAACAGCAACGCGUCGACAAUCGCCCCAAGUGGACUGGUCCGAGUAUUGACGAGUCAGCAUUUCUCGAGGACAACUUUGACGCUGCUCUUGACAACGGCUCGGAGAUGCCCGUCUACUCGGCGGCCGAUGAGCUGCUGAGCUGGUGCAAGAAGGUGACGGAGGGCUACGCGGGCGUGAAGAUCACCAACAUGACCACCUCGUGGCGGAACGGCAUCGCCUUCUGCGCCAUCAUUCAUCACUUUCGCCCUGACUUGAUUGACUUUGACAGUCUGAAGCCGACUGAAGUGGAGCGCAACUGCGGCCUCGCCUUUGACACCGCCUUCCGCCUGGGCAUACCGAAGAUCAUCGAGGCGAAGGACAUGAUCACGCUGACAGUGCCCGACCGGCUCUCUGUCAUGACCUACCUCUACCAGCUCAAGUCCUUCUUCAACGGACCGCACUCGCCGACCCGGGUGCUGAGCAAGGCCAACAGCUACUCAAUGGCGCAGUACAAUGUCCUCGAGGAGGAGGAGGCAGAGGAGGACAGCGCUCAGGUGGCCGCUGUGGGCCGAAGCAUCAGCAGUCAGAUCAAGUCAAAGUGUCUCGAUCUGUUUGACUGCCUCGAGGAGCUGGACAAUGCCUCCUUUGCCUAUAAACAGAAGAGUGACCAGACUGAUGGACGACAACAACAACAGCAUCAGCAGACAACAGCUGACAAUCAUCAUCAAACGAGGGGAGUGCUCAGCAAGGUGGCCGCCCCAACGACCAGUCAGAUGAUGCAGACUGCCAGUGCAUAUCAAAAGUUAAACACCUGGAACGACUACCUUGAGAAUACGCGCAAUAAUAAUCACCAGCAGAUGAGCACUGCCAGCCGAGAGGAGGGAGAGAUGAAUGGAAGCAUUUCUCGAAGUAGUUCACAGACAAAGCUGAUGACACGAAAGCAGCUGAUGAAUCCUUUUGACUCGGACAGUGACGAGGAGAUUGAGCUGCUCUCGAAGAAUGAGUCUAAAA